GAUCAUUGGCGCCCCAGCACAUGGUAUUGCAAUCAUUGCUACUCGAGUGCGAGGGAGCUUGUGCUGUGUGAGUACGGUAGCAACGGUACCGUAUGAUACCUUAAAGCCCGUACACUCCCUCCUUCCCGAGCUUUCGAUGCUUCCACCACAACCCUCCACCCUAGCACCCGUUUGAAUAGAACAUCACCUUACAAGUGCCCCGUACCAUACUAUCCUACCCGCCUGGAGUCACCUCGCGCCACACCGCGCUCAGCCCAAUGGCUUUUCUGACUUCCCCGACCUCCUUCCGCAAUAAUGAGCUCCUCUCUCCACGGCAACAACUUCACCACCCCAUGCCAUAUUCCACCUCCUUUUCGAACGGUUCGAUACCGCUCGAUUUCUCCACAAUGGCCAAAGGCCAGGCACCCCAUUCAUCGCAUCCGGCGCUGGGCCGUCUGAUUUUGCUCGUCUUUGAAGCCGUGCUCGAGGUCGUUUGCGUGGCUUUCCCGGGCUACAUUAUCGCGCGGUACGGCAUGUUCGACGCGGAGAUGCAGAGGUUUGUCGCGAACCUUAAUGUCUCCUUGUUCACGCCCUGCCUGAGUAAGUCUGGUCUUUCCGGUGGAGAUGGAGGGAUCCGAGAGGGAGCCUGGCUGAUGCGGGAUUCUGGGACUAGUCUUCACCAAGCUGGCGAGUCAACUCACCCUGGCGAAAAUCGCUGAGUUGGCUGUUAUACCUGUCAUCUUUGUUGUCAUGACCCUGGUAUCCUACUUCUGUGCCCUUACGGUCUCGAGGCUUUUUGGGCUCAAGAAACGGGCGAGAAAUUUCGUUAUCGCCAUGGUAUGUUUGCCCAUCUUACGUGGAGCUAGCUGGUGGCUUGGUCCACCGCGCCCCUAGCGCGGCUGACACUCGUCUUCAGGGCGUUUUCGGGAACUCUAACUCGCUUCCAAUAUCCCUCGUUAUCUCGCUAUCCAUGACAAUCACUGGUCUACACUGGGACAAGAUUCCGGGCGAUAACGACGGGGAAGUUGCUGCCCGUGGUAUUCUGUACUUGCUCAUCUUCCAACAGCUGGGUCAACUCGUUCGUUGGUCGUGGGGCUACCAUGUUUUGCUCGCACCUCCUCCUCCUCCUCCUCCUCCUCCCGCUCCUCCCCCGGUGGGUCAACCCAACGGAGACGGCCAAGCGACGACGACGAGAUAUCGUGACGAUCCCUCGGAAGGGGACGGGAGUGACAUUGAGGCCCAGGACCCUAUUGUUGAUCCCUUCCUGUCGCCUCAGUUUAAGAAUAGCUACGUCGGCCUCAACAAGCAAGCUUCCGAACAUGACCCCCUUCUAGCCUUUGACGGGAAUCGUCGUCAUGUGAAAACAGCAAACGGUGCUGGGGGCUCUGGUAGUUUGACUCCCGGGUCUGCCUACGUCAGCACUGCCGUCUCCGCCCAAUCUACAAGACCCUCGUCUCCAAGUGGCAGUGCAACUCCCACGCCUUCGGCUCACGGCGAUCCCCCCAUUGCAGUCCCGCGUUGGCGCUCAUCCAGCGGCUCAUCCAUCUUUGCGCGAGUUUGCAAGGGUAUCAAGACGGGAAUCACUAGAUUCUUUGGGGGACUAUGGUCAUUCAUGAACCCCCCGUUGUGGGCUAUGUUUGUCGCCGUAGUUGUUGCAUCCAUACCUCAGCUUCAGAGGGCCUUCUUCACCCCCGGAACCUUUAUCGAGAACUCGGUGACUCGUGCCGUCAGCCAGACGGGUAACGUAGCGGUUCCCUUGAUUCUGGUUGUCCUGGGCGCCAAUCUCGCGGGGAACACGCAUCCCAAGACGAGUUCUUCCGAUGGGCGACAAGAAACCAAGAUACUGAUUGCGGCGUUGGUCUCCAGGAUGGUGUUGCCGUUCAUUAUUGUGGCUCCUCUGCUGGCUGUCGCAGCAAAAUACCUCAAUGUUUCAAUCUUGGAUGACCCUAUCUUUGUCAUUGUGUGUUUCUUGUUGGCGGGUGCGCCUAGUGCUCUACAACUCGCGCAGAUUUGUCAACUCAACGGUGUCUACGAAUCGGUUAUGGCGAAGAUUCUGUUCUGGAGCUAUGUGGUUGUCAUUUUGCCAAGCACUUUGGUACAAGUCAUCACCGCCAUUGAAGUAGUUGAAUGGGCCAUGUAA